UCUCCUGAACAGAAGUCAGUUUCUAAACAUAAAACUAGCAGUAAGAUUACUUGCUGUAGCUGGACAAAUGAUGGCCAGUACCUUGCUUUGGGGAUGUUCAACGGCAUUAUCAGCAUAAGGAAUAAAAAUGGUGAAGAGAAAGUUAAAAUAGAGCGUACAGGAGGUGCUUCAUCUCCAAUAUGGUCAAUUUGUUGGAAUCCAUCCAGAGAUGAACGCAAUGAUAUUUUAGCUGUGGCAGACUGGGGUCAGAGGCUUUCCUUUUACCAGCUUAGUGGCAAACAGAUUGGAAAGGACAGAAUGCUCAGUUUUGAUCCUUGCUGUGUUAGCUAUUUUACUAAAGGAGAGUAUAUUUUACUGGGAGGUUCAGAUAAACAAGUUUCCCUCUUCACGAAGGAUGGCGUGCGUCUUGGUACCAUAGGAGAGCAAAGCAGUUGGGUGUGGACGUGCAAAGUUAAACCAGACUCCAACUAUGUGGUGAUAGGAUGCCAAGAUGGAACAAUAUCUUUUUAUCAGUUGAUUUUCAGCACUGUUCAUGGCCUUUAUAAAGAUCGCUAUGCUUACAGAGACAGCAUGACUGAUGUUAUUGUCCAACACCUCAUCACUGAACAAAAAGUUAGAAUAAAAGGCAGAGAGCUUGUAAAGAAAAUUGCAAUCUACAAAAACAGAUUAGCAAUCCAGAUGCCAGAGAAAAUCUUGAUUUACGAGUUAUACUCGGAUGAUUCUUCAGAUAUGUAUUAUCGGGUGAAGGAAAAGAUAGUAAAAAAAUUUGAAUGCAACUUGCUGGUUGUGUGUUCCGAUCACAUUAUUUUAUGCCAGGAGAAAAGAUUACAGUGCCUCUCGUUUAGGGGCAUUAAAGAACGAGAAUGGCUGAUGGAAUCUCUUAUUCGUUAUAUUAAAGUAAUCGGAGGACCUCCAGGAAGAGAAGGCCUCUUAGUUGGUCUAAAGAAUGGUCAGAUUCUGAAGAUAUUUGUCGAUAAUGUCUUUGCAAUUGUCCUGCUACGCUGUCUGGAUAUGAGUGCAUCCCGAAACAAGCUGGCAGUGGUUGAUGAAAACGAUACCUGCUUAGUGUAUGAUAUUCAUACCAAAGAGUUGUUGUUUCAGGAACCCAAUGCCAACAGUGUGGCUUGGAAUACACAGUGUGAGGAUAUGCUUUGCUUUUCUGGAGGGGGUUACCUCAAUAUCAAAGCUAGUAACUUCCCUGUCCAUCAGCAAAAACUUCAAGGCUUUGUUGUGGGUUACAACGGCUCCAAGAUCUUCUGUCUUCAUGUUUUUUCUAUGUCAGCUGUUGAAGUUCCACAGUCUGCACCCAUGUAUCAAUAUCUGGAACGAAAAAUGUUUAAAGAAGCCUAUCAAAUUGCAUGUUUGGGAGUAACUGAUACUGACUGGAAAGAACUGGCCAUGGAAGCCUUAGAAGGGCUGGAGUUUGAAACUGCUAAAAAGGCAUUUACCAGGGUACGAGACCUUAGAUAUUUAGAAUUGAUCAGCAGCAUAGAGGAGCGGAAGAAGCAUGGAGAGAACAACAAUGAACUGUUCCUAGCAGAUGUUUAUGCCUACCAGGGAAAAUUCCAUGAGGCAGCCAAGUUGUACAAAAAGAGUGGACAUGAAAACCUAGCUCUUGAUAUGUACUCUGAUUUACGGAUGUUUGACUAUGCAAAGGAUUUUCUGGGAUCUGGAGACCCCAAAGACACAAAGAUGCUAAUAAAAAAACAAGCGGAUUGGGCCAAGAAUAUCAAUGAACCAAAAGCGGCAGUGGAGAUGUACCUCUCUGCAGGCGAGCACAUGAAGGCCAUAGAAAUCAGUGGGGACCAUGGCUGGGUUGAUAUGUUAAUUGAAAUUGCUCGAAAACUGGAUAAAGCUGAGCGUGAGCCUUUGUCAAAAUGUGCCUUCUAUUUUAAGAAACUUGAUAACCCUGGCUAUGCAGCAGAAACCUACAUGAAGGUUGGUGACCUGAAAGCAUUGGUCCAUCUCCACGUGGAGACUCGUCGCUGGGAAGAAGCAUUUGCUUUGAGUGAAAAGCAUCCUGAAUUCAAAGAUGAUGUCUAUGUCCCUUAUGCUCAGUGGCUAGCAGAGAAUGAUAGAUUUGAAGAAGCCCAAAAAGCAUUUCACAAGGCUGGCAGGCAGAGUGAAGCUGUAAGAGUGCUGGAGCAGCUAACGCACAAUGCUGUGGUUGAAAGCCGAUUUAACGAUGCAGCCUAUUAUUACUGGAUGCUUUCCAUGCAGUGUUUAGAUAUAGCCCAAGAGAAUGAACAGCAGAAGACUGAAAUGUUACAGAAGUUUCAUCACUUCCAGCAUUUGGCAGAAGUUUACCAUGUCUAUCACUCUAUUCAAAGAUACACUGAGGAGCCUUUCAGUUUCCACUUGCCUGAAACCCUCUUCAAUAUUUCCAGGUUUCUGCUUCACAGCUUAACAAAGGAGACUCCUUUGGGGAUCUCAAAAGUCAAUACAUUAUUUGCUCUGGCAAAACAGAGUAAAGCUCUUGGUGCAUAUAAACUGGCUCGUCAUGCUUAUGACAAGUUACAGGGACUGCAGAUCCCGGCUAGGUUCCAGAAAUCAAUUGAGCUGGGCAGCCUGACAAUCCGAUCCAAGCCGUUCCAUGACAGUGAAGAGCUUGUGCCCUUGUGUUACAGGUGCUCUACCAACAACCCUUUGCUAAAUAACUUGGGGAACGUCUGCAUUAACUGCAGACAACCUUUUGUCUUCUCCGCUUCUUCCUAUGAAGUACUGCAUCUGGUUGAGUUCUAUUUGGAAGAUGGCAUCACAGAUGAAGAAGCUGUAGCUCUCAUUGAUCUUGAAGCUCCAAGAUUGAAUAAAAGAGAGAAUAAGUGGCAAGAGAUGAUGAGUGACCAUGCACAGUGUUUGAGGCUCGAUGACAAUACAGAUAUUACUGAAGAUGAUGAUCCCUUUACAGCAAAAUUGAGCUUUGAGCAAGGAGGCUCAGAAUUUGUUCCAGUGAUUGUGAAUCGUGCUGUUCUCCAGUCCAUGAGCCGGCGGGAUGUCCUGAUUAAACGCUGGCCGAAGCCGUUGCGGUGGCAGUACUACCGUUCCCUGCUACCAGAUGCCUCCAUUACCAUGUGUCCAUCAUGUUUUCAGAUGUUUCACACAGAAGACUAUGAGCUUCUCGUACUCCAGCAUAAUUGUUGUCCAUUCUGUCGACGGAGAAUAGAUGAGUCAAACCAAUGAAGAAAAACAGUCUCACACCUCAACUGACAGACUUCCCUAUUGGCAUGGCAAAAUACUUCUUAGGUUCAUAGAGUUUUCCUAACAACCUAGUUAAGUCAUCUUGUUCCAUUUUGUACAUGAGUGGAACUGAGUUGAAGAAAUUUAACUUUUUUUUAAAAUGAAAAUGUCUGUUGUUUGUGAAUGUCCUCUACGUUUCCCAGGCAAGCAGCUGAGGUGCCACAGAUUUUUUUACAGGAAUGUUUCUAGGGUCAAGUUCAGCC